AUGGAAGACUACAGCAACGACCCCAAACAUGACCUCACCCCAGAGGCUGCCGCCCUGGCACAACUGGGUCACAAGCAGGAACUCAAGCGGAAUUUCUCCCUGAUUUCUAUGCUGGGUCUUGCCUUUGCCAUCCUCAACACAUGGACGGCCUUGGCAGCUUCAAUUACACUCGCUCUCCCCUCCGGCGGCGCUAGUUCCGUCAUCUGGGGUCUGAUCGUGGCCGGUAUCUGCAAUCUGUGCCAGGCUGCUUCUCUCGCCGAGUUCCUUUCCGCCUACCCCACAGCUGGAGGUCACUAUGUGACUGGGUGGAUCAAUGUAUCCGGCUGGGUUGCUCUUAGUGCCACCGGUGGUUUGCUUGGCAGCACAUUCAUCGUGAACAUCAUUUCGCUGCUUCACCCCGACUAUGAGCCUAAGGCUUGGCAUCAAUUCCUGAUUUACAUCGGCUUCGCUCUCAUUGCCUUGGUCAUCAAUGCUUUCAUGACCAGAAUUCUGCCUCUCUUCACCAAGGCCGCGUUCUUCUGGUCGGUUGCCGGCUUCGUCAUUAUCAGCAUUACGGUUUUGGCUACCGCGUCCCCGGAUUACCAGUCUGGCGAGUUUGUCUACGGCAACUUCAUCAAUGAGGUUGGCUGGCCUGAUGGAAUGGCUUGGCUGCUCGGAUUGCUGCAGGGAGCAUUUGCCCUGACAGGUUUCGAUGCGGUUGCCCACAUGAUUGAGGAAAUUCCGGAGCCACACAAGGAGGGCCCCAAGAUCAUGCUCUACUGCAUCGGCAUUGGCAUGUUCACUGGAUUCAUCUUCCUCACCGCGCUGCUCUUCUGCAUCAAGGACGUCGACGACGUCAUCAGUGCUGCUUACGGUCCGCUGCUGCAGAUCUUCAUGGACGCAACCAACAGCAAGGCUGGCAGUGUGUGCCUCCUCAUGUUCCCCCUCGUCUGCAUGCUUUUCACCACCGUCACCCUGGUCGCCACCAGCACCCGAAUGAGCUACGCUUUCGCUCGUGACAAAGGAAUGCCCUUCAGCAGUGUCUUCGCUCAGGUGCACCCCACUCUCGACGUCCCUAUCAACGCUCUGCUCUGGACUGUGGCUUGGGUCAUCAUCUUUGGCUGCAUCUUCUUGGGCUCUAGCAGCACCUUCAACGCCAUCACAUCGGCAUCCGUUGUGGCUCUUGGUGUCACCUAUGCCAUUCCCCCGGCGAUCAACGUCCUCCGAGGCCGAAAGAUGCUCCCGGAGAAUCGCUCUUUCAGGAUUCCCGAGCCUUUCGGCUGGAUUAUGAACAUUGUUGGAAUCCUUUGGGCUAUCUUGACCACCGUCUUGUUCGUGUUCCCUCCGGAGCUUCCCGUCACCCCUGCCAACAUGAACUACUGCAUUGUCGCCUUUGGCGUCAUUCUCCUCAUUUCGGGCGGUACUUGGGUUUUCGGCGGCCGAAAGACGUACAAGGGACCUGUCGUGGACAUCCAAGGCAUGUUCCACGGCACCGUUGACGGCUUGGAUGGCCUGGAGGGCCUGGACGCCGCUGCGCAGUCGGAUAGCGUGCGUGAGGAUCACUCUGCGGAAAAGAAAUAA